AAGGUGAAGUGAACAUUUCUUGUUCAGAUCCAAAACGUUGAGCUGAAAGCAAACAUGUUCAGGUUUUCUCAAAUAGUCUGUUUUUCUCUGAUAUUUGGCAUCACAGCAAAGCCAUAUAAACCCUGGAACAAACUCACAGAUGAAGCAUUCCAGGAUACCGUUAUGUCCAUAGAUGACAAAGGAAAGAUGUCCUGGGGAGUGGAAGUGGAGCCUCCAGAGGACAUGGAUCAAACGGACUAUGACAUCGACCCUAGCAUGAUGAUUUGGAAGAGUAUGACAGGACAGGACAAACAGCCCCUGAAAGCCGAAGAAGACUUGGAUGAGCUGUACCAUCCUUCAGUGGUUGAUCUCCUCAAAGUUCAAAUCCAAAACCUGGAUGCCCUCCCAGCUGCCGACAUCCAGACAGAUGCCAACGUGAAGUACAAUCAGGAACCAGAGGAGGAUAAAGAUGCAAUCGACCACCCUGAUUUCAGUAAGGUGGCCUCAGAAGAACCUGAGCAGGACUGGGAUGAAGUCUACCACAAAGCGAGGGAGGAGCUGGAUGGACAUCUGGCUCCACUAGUGGCUAAAUACAAAGCUGGUGCAGAGGUCCGCGUUGCACACUCUGAACUUGAAAAGGAUGAGGACGAGCUGUAUCACCAUGACGACCAGGGUCCACCUGUGCAGAUGGAGUCUCUGAGCCGUGAGGUCAUGGGUGAAAGUGAGGUCAGAGUUCACCUUCAACCAGAGGAGGACAUGGACGACCUGUACCACAAAGAUCUCCUGAAGCUCAUCCCUUACCAAGAUGAUACUAAAGCUGCUGCUCCUCUUUAUUUACCGUCUCAGAGAAAGCACAGCGAACCAGAGAAAGAUCUGGACGAUCUCUACCACCGCUGA